GCCAUAGUAGCUCAGAGCCCAAUCUGCAAAAGACCAAAAAUACCCUUCCCUCAGUCCCUCCCAUCUACCUACUUCUUCCACAUUUCGUCAUUUCUCUCUCAAUCACACACACUCUCUUUCUCUCUCCUCUCUUUCACUGAAUCUGCUCUAGUCAAGAAGAAGAGCAAAAAUGUCGUGGCAAGCUUACGUCGAUGACCAUUUGAUGUGCGAGAUCGAGGGGACCAAUAACCACCUCUCCGCCGCCGCUAUUCUCGGUCUUGACGGCAGCGUCUGGGCUCAAAGUGCCACUUUUCCUCAGUUCAAACCAGAUGAAAUCGUUGCUAUUUCCAAGGAUUUUGAUGAGCCUGGAACCCUUGCGCCCACCGGGCUUUACCUUGGUGGAACCAAGUACAUGGUUAUUCAAGGGGAACCCGGGGCUGUUAUCCGUGGCAAGAAGGGUGCAGGUGGCAUUUGUGUGAAGAAGACUGGAAUGGCCUUUGUUAUUGGUAUAUAUGAUGAACCAGUGACUCCUGGUCAGUGCAACAUGAUUGUUGAAAGGCUGGGUGAUUAUCUCAUUGAGCAGGGUCUCUAAAUAGUUUGGUCGAAAUCUUCUGUGUAGGUUGAUAAUUACAUAUUUGAUGUACACAAAGGAGCUUGGUGUGGAUUUGCUGCUCUAUAUACUGGGGAUUGGCUUUCUAUUGUGAACUAUUUAUCUUUUGUGCUUUUUCCCUUGAAGGGUUUGUGUUAAUUUUUUGUAUGAACUGUUUGCGUUGAUCUUGGAGAUGGUUGAUCCAUACAGCGGCUUAUGUUUUCAAAUAUGGAAUAAUAAUUGUAAUUCUGCAAAUGCCUAUUUAUUUAAAUGGCUAUCAAGCGUUUCAUAUU